AUGCCGAUGAAUAUCAAUCCCCCACCCUCAACAAAUUAUGGCGGCGCUUCCCCGUCUAUAACAGUAAUUCUAACAAUAAUCCUCCUUGUUUUCUUUUUCCUAGGCUUCUUCUCUGUAUAUUUCUGUAGGUGUUUCCUUGAAAACGUUUCUAACUCGUGGCAUAUCCGACGAACCCCCUCCGGCAAUAACAUUAGCGCACCCAAUGCAUCUGUCAUUAAUGGCCUUGAUCUUUCUCUAAUACAAUCCUUUCCCACUUUUUUAUAUUCAAGCGUCAAAGAUUUCCGCAAAGAAAAAUACGGUCUAGAGUGCGCAAUCUGCUUGGUGGAGUUCGAGGAUGAUAGUUUGCUUCGCCUAAUGACAGUUUGUUACCAUGUUUUCCAUCAAGAAUGCAUCGACCUCUGGCUCGAAUCUCACAAAACGUGCCCGGUUUGUCGCCGGAACCUUGAUUUGCCGCCUGACGGCUCAUUGAAAAAGUCCUGUCGCGAGCACGCCGACUAUAAUUCCAUGCACUCUAGAUCUGUUCAUGAGAGUAAUGAGGCGUUAGCGGCAGAUUCUAUACGCAUUGAUAUAAAAGAAUAUGAGAAUGACGAGAGCUCGGAAUCCUCCGGAGAAAGCCGCCAUGACCAUGCUUCUAAGACGGCGCAAGAAAAGAAUGAAGCUAAAAUGGUGGAAAGAUUUUCAAGGUCACACUCAACCGGGCAUUCGUUGGUUAAGACAAGAGAAGGGGAGGAUAGGUAUACACUCAGAUUGCCGGAGCACGUAGAGGUACGAAUUAUCAGAGGCCACAACGGUGUAAAAAGUUGUACAGCAUUUGGGGAAUUCUCCCACCGAACGGCGGCAAGCAAUUAA